AUGAGUUCAAUUGAAAAUAAAGUUGACUCACUGAUUGAAAUUAAAGAAAAAUAUGAAAAAUUGUUAAAAAAACAUCAAAAGGUUGCAGAAGAAUUAAAAAAAUUAAAAGAAAAAGAAGAAACAAACGAAGGAUUAAAAGAAAAAGCAAAUAAUUGUUUAAGUAAAAUGCAAAUCGAAAUUAACGAAGAUGAGAGUUUAGAACAUAAAUUAGAUAAACUUGAAACAAAAAUCGAUGUAAUUUCCAGUAAAUUAAUGAACUGUUAA